GCAUGUUUUCUGCACUUUUGAUUUUUGAUUCUUCAUUCCAACCGCCAGAGGGCAGUGCUGAGAGGCUGUGGGGCUGUGUUGCUGUGAAGCUGCUGAAGGCUGUCGGAGGCUGAGCGGAGAAGCUGUGGUGCCAGGCAGCGGAACUGGGUGAAUUUGCAACGUUACAGGAGCCACUUGGUCGCAGGCAAACAGUUUAAGACUCGUCGAGACUCGAGAGCCAUUUGUAAUAGCCAAGGAUGCGGGAAUAACGACAUAUUGGGACCGUUAGGCUUCUUUGGAUUAAUUUGAUUUCAUCGCGUUGUCCCACAUCUGCUUCGAAAUGUCGGGAAAGAUAGAAAGUAAGCAAGAUUCCCAGCGUUCCCAUUUGUCUUCCUUCACCAUGAAACUUAAGGACAAGUUCCACUCGCCCAAAAUCAAGAGGACGCCGUCCAAGAAGACAUCCAAGCCCCCGGCAGAGAACACUGUGAAGACCCCAGAGAAGCACGUCAACAAGAACCUGAGUCGCCUUGAAGAGCAUGAGAAAGACGUGGUCAGUGCCUUGCGUUACUUCAAGACCAUCAUCGACAAGAUGGUGGUGGACAAGAAGGUUCUAGAGAUGUUACCCGGUUCUGCCAGCAAGGUUCUAGAGGCCGUUCUGCCCCUGGUUCAGGUGGACCCAAGGAUACAGCACAGCUCGGCCGUGUCGUCGUGUCUGAACCGGGUCUACCAGAGCCUGGGGAACCUCAUCCGCUGGUCCGACCAGGUCAUGCUCGGAGAUGAUGACAUCAACCUGGACGACAAGGAGACCAUCCUGUCCGUCACCACGGUGAUAAGAGCCGUGCUGGAUGGAGUGAAGGAGCUAGUGAAGUUGACCAUCGAGAAGCAAGAGCACCCCUCCCCUACCUCCCCCGUCAAGCCUGUGCCCCCCGUGACCAUCCAGGACAGCACACCGGAGCCUCCCGCAGAGGAGGCCGAUGGAGAGAAGGAGAAGGAGAGAGAGAGGGAUGCACCGACCAACGCCUCCACCACGGCCCACUCCACCGAGAUCCUUACCGACUCCACGGAUGAGGAGGUGGCCCCCCCGAAACCCCCCCUCCCAGGGCUAAAGGUUCCAGAGCACUGUCCUCCUGCCCUCCCGCCCAAGAAGCGCCAGUCCGCCCCGUCCCCUACACGUGUGGCAGUGGUGGCGCCCAUGAGUCGAGCCACCAGCGGCUCCAGUCUUCCCAUUGGCAUCACAAAACAGGACUACGAGGCGGAUGCGCUGCAGAGGCGCUUCUCCGGCGGCAGUCACUCUUACGGGGGCGAGUCCCCGCGUCUCUCCCCCUGCAGCAGCAUGGGCAAACUCAGCAAGUCAGACGAGCAGCUCUCCUCCUUAGAGCAGGACAGCGGACAGUGCUCACGCAACACCAGCUGUGAGACGCUGGAUAUAACUGAGGGGUACGAUCCAGACUACGACUUCCUGCACCAGGACCUCUCCAGUGUAGAUCAGAUCCAUCCCCUCUCCAUAGGGGGGUGCUUGAGCCCCCUCCCCGAAUCCCACCGCGAGUCCUCCUCCUCCUCCUGCCCCCCCCUCUUCCACUCCCCGGUGGGCUCUCCGUACGGGGCGUCCCCCCCCCUCCAGCCGCCCCCGCUCCAGUCCCGCGUCAGCGCCCCCCCGGCCCUCCCCCAGAAGAAGCGGCGCAGCGGGGCGCUGCCCACCCAUGCCUCGUCGCUGGACGGGACGGGGUCGCCGCGGGCCCUCUUCGAGCGGCUGCCCUCGCAGUACGACAACAUCAGCGAGGAGGAGCUCCUAGCCCUCCGUGCCAGCCCCGGCCCCCCCGUGCCCCCCUUCCCCGUCUACGCGCCCGUCUCGCCGGCCCCGCCCUUCCUCUACGGCUCCACCCCACUUCACUUCAGCCCCAGCCAGAGCGCAGACAUCCCACAGAGCCCACCGCCCCUGCCCGAGAAGAAGAGCCGACACAUCCUGAAGUACAUGCAGUUUGUGGAGGACUACUCUGAGCCCCAGCCGUCGGUCUUCUACCAGAUGCCCCAGAGCGAGAGCAUCUAUGAGCAGCGCAACAAGCGCUUCCAGGAGGUGUACGGCUUCAACGACUCCUUCAGCAGCAGCGACUCCAUGCACGACCCCCUGCCACCCCCCGCCCUGCCUCCCAAACAGAGGCAACUGGCGUCCCUCUCCGCCUCUCCCUCCUCCUCCUCCUCUUCGUCUCUGUCGAGUCAGCUCCCGGCGGCUCAGGCUGGCUCUCUGGCCGCGGAGGGAGAUGACGCAGCCGCCGCCGCCGCCGUCAAUCUCAGCCUCUCCGCCUCUAACUCCUCCCUCACUGCGCCCACGAGCUUGGACUUGGCAGCCCCGGCCACGCCCAGCCAAGACCUGCUGCUAUUGGCUAACGGCUCUCUGGAGAGCUGCGCUGGUUCUCUGGCUACCUGUCUGCCCUCUGACGCUUCUCUCUCUGAAACAUGCCAGCCCUCUCUGAGCGAGAGCGCUAAGGAAGAGGGGGGCGAGGGCGAGUAUGUCAAUCUGUACUCCUCCACCCAGGCCAACGGAGACGUGACACGCCCCCGCCGCGACCCGACCCCCGGAGCUGAGGACCCGACGUCAGACAAGGACAUGGCGGAUUCAGAGAGCUGGAGGAAGUCUCCAGACUCAGGCCAGAGCAUAGAGGAGCUGGAUGAGCUCUCCCUCAUCGACCACGAGGAGAUCAUGUCCCGCAUAACACUAAAGCAGGAGACUGACGAUGGGCCGGACGUGAGGGCUGGAUCAGGUGAUAUUCUGUUGGUCCACGCAACAGAAACCGACCGCAAAGAUCUGGUGCUGUAUUGUGAAGCGUUCCUGACCACGUACCGUACGUUCAUAACCCCAGAGGACCUCAUUAAGAAGCUCCACUAUCGAUACACCAGGUUCUCCCACAGUCCGGACACGUUUAAGAAGCGCGUCAGUAAGAACACCUUCUUCGUGCUGGUGCGUGUGGUGGACGAGCUCUGUUUAGUGGAGAUGACGGAGGAUAUCCUGAGGCAGUUGAUGGACCUGGUGUUCCGGCUGGUGUGCAGCGGGGAGCUGAGUCUCGCACGGGUUCUCCGCAAGAACAUUCUGGACAAAGUGGAACAGAAGAAGUUGAUGCGCUAUACCAUGUCACUGCAGCCACUGGCCGCUAGAGGGGUGGCCGCAAGGCCGGGCACACUCCAUGACUUCCGCAGUCAUGAGAUUGCUGACCAGCUCACUCUCCUUGACGCUGAGCUCUUCUACAAGAUAGAGAUCCCAGAGGUGUUGCUUUGGGCAAAGGAGCAGAAUGAGGAGAAAAGCCCCAAUCUCACACAGUUCACAGAGCACUUUAACAACAUGUCCUACUGGGUCCGCUCCAUAAUCAUCCUCCAGGAGAAAGCCCAGGACAGGGAGAAACUACUCCUCAAAUUCAUCAAAAUCAUGAAGCACUUACGGAAGCUGAAUAACUUUAACUCGUAUCUUGCAAUACUCUCUGCGCUGGAUUCUGCACCCAUUCGGAGACUGGAAUGGCAGAAACAAACCUCAGAGGGACUGGAGGAGUACUGCACUUUAAUUGACAGCUCCUCUUCGUUCCGUGCGUAUCGGGCAGCACUGGCUGAAGUGGAGCCUCCCUGCAUCCCCUAUCUGGGUCUCAUCCUCCAGGACUUGACCUUUGUGCAUCUGGGAAACCCUGACCUCAUUCACGAGAAGGUGAACUUCUCCAAACGCUGGCAGCAGUUCAACAUCCUGGACAGCAUGAGGCGCUUUCAGCAAGUGCAUUAUGAUCUCAAACACAAUGAAGAAAUCGUCUCCUUCUUCAACGACUUCAGCGACCACCUGGCAGAGGAGGCUCUGUGGGAGCUGUCUCUGAAGAUCAAGCCACGCAACAUCGUGCGACGCAAGACCGACCGCGAGGAGAAAACCUAGGAGUCGGCCGGCCAGCCAGCCAGUCACCGUCCACUUGCAGCCCACAGCCCCGGUUUAGUUGGCUUUUAUUUCUGUCUGGACCCUCUGUCAUCUAAUACGUCACCACGGACACCUGAGGAGAGAGAGCAUGGCGCGGAGGUCACGCAGUGGGCUUCUGUUACAGUUUACAGCACCUCUGAUUGGAUUGCACUGCGUCUUCUGUGUGUAUCUGUGUCUGUAUCUGUGUGUAUCUGUGUGUAUCUGUGUGUGUGUGUGUGUGUGUGUGUGUGUGUGUUCGGGGCUGGAGAGACUUUGCCAAGCACAAAGGUUUGGAGGCUAAAGAGUAGGCUCUCCGAAUGACUUGUGUAUUGUCCUAAACACCUUCCGCCUCUUCUCCCUCCCUCCCUGUUUCUCCUCCUCCUCUCCCUUCCUCCCCCUCUCUCCUCCCCUCCCUUCCCACCUCUCCCUCCUUCCUUGUCUCUCCUCCUCUUUAUCCAUCCAUACUGUUCCGUUCCCAGUGAUGUUUGUGCGAGCAUCCCUCUAUGGAUGGGUUGCCAAGGUGAUGCCAGAUCCUCUGGCCUCAUCAUCAUGCUCAUCGUUCUCCUCCUCCUCCUCCGCCUCUUUAUCAUCACUGUGGUGGUUGUCGUCAUGGUGCUGCUGCAGUCCCGUGAGUGUAGACCGGUGUACUGGAAAAGCCUGGCACUCCCUCGCCCCCCCUGCAGGGGGCAACAGAGUGCUACUGGGAGCCUGUGAAGGGCCUCUGAGCUGCACAGAGGCACACCUGCAGAUGAAGUCAAGGACUGAAUGAAGACAAGAGAAAUGAAGAGACAAGGAAAGGAAGAAAAAAAAGAACUCUGAAAAGGAGGCUUUCCUAAAGGCCUGAUGUAAUUAUGACUCGUGUGGUUUUUGUUUUUUAUAUAUUUUUGUCGGUGUACAAUGCAGUUUUUCUUUCCUUUUGUUCUCUGAAAGGAUUUUAAAUGGAAGAACUCGACCUGAGGAGAGAAGAGUCUUCUCAGCCAAUAUGAAGACAUGAAGCUGAAAUGUGCACUUAUAAAUGAUGAACAAAAAAUGAAUAAUAAUAAUAAUGAUGAUAAUAAUAAUAAUAAUGGAAGUAAGGCUGUGAUCAAUGUGAAGGAGACUGAAUGGGUUCGGGCAUUCGGACCAGUUGGGCUACAGAAUCUGAACAGCAAUCCUGUUCUAAGCGGGGAGACCCCCCCCCCCCCCUCUACGGUAGUGUAUGGGAGGGGGGGGGGCUCUGGCUCAGAGAUCCAAAGACUACAGGUCCUGACACCCCCUCACCCCCCAGGGGUGGAAGGGCCUCCCGUCCCCUCCACAUAAACAGUUAAGCGAUGUUAUCAGCUCCAUCUUGUCCAUUAGAAACUCAACCCCUCUUACUGUACACACACCCCUGUUUCAGUCUCCGGCUCAAAAUAAGACAGACACCUGCAAUAUGCCCGUGUGUAUGUGUGUGUGUGUGCGUGUGUGUGUGUGUGUGUGCCUGUGAGGAUGUGAAUGUGUGUGUGUGUGUAUGAGUGUAUAUGUGUGUGUGAGUGUGUAUGUGUGCAAAUAUGAAGUAUUUUAAUUUUUAUUUUGUCUGCUUGUUAGUUAGACUUUUUUGUUCAUAUUUUUAUCUGGUCGACUUCACGCAAGUAUACCUCAAUGCCUGGAAUUAAAUUGUGUCUUUUGA